AUGGCUGCCGCCGGCCGGGGAGGGGACGAGGUGACGCUGCCGGCGGCAGCUGUCUCCAGAUCUCCGUCUCCGUGGUGGCAGGCCGCAGCUCCCCCCCGAGGGAAGCCGAGGAAGUUUCUGGUCUAUCCGCACCCGCCCAAGAGCUCCCGCCUGUCGCGGACCGUUCUGCGCUGGCUGCAGAGUCUCGACCUCAGCUUCUUCCCCAGGAACAUCAACAGGGACUUUUCAAAUGGCUUUUUGGUUGCCGAAAUAUUCACAGCCUAUUAUCCUAAUGAAAUUAAAUUGUCAUCCUUUCAAAAUGGAACUUCUUUAAAAGUCAAGUUGGAUAACUGGGGACAGCUGGAGAAGUUCUUGGCAAGAAAAAAAAUUAAAUUACCUAAAGAACUAAUUCAUGGAACAAUUCAUUGUAAAGCUGGAGUCCCUGAAAUACUGAUACAAGAGAUGUACACCUUGUUGACACACCGAGAAAUUAAAUGUGUCCAGGAUGACCCUGUGAAUUUCACAGACUACAGUUACCAGAUGCAUCUGCCCUUGGUUCCCAGGGCUACAGCUUCCAAGUCCAUUAAAAACAAUAUCCGGCUGUCAGAAUUAAUGAGCAACCCGAACACGCUCAGCAAUGAACUUAAAGUAGAAUUCCUCUUUCUUUUACAAAUGUUGCAGAGACAAUUAAGCAGAAAAUUGAAUCCAAAGUGGUUUGAAGUCAGACCGACAGUUGGAGAACUUACUCUGGGUUAUCUUCCUGAAGAAGGCUCUGUGGGCAAACCGAAUCUGGGGACUUCAAGGGCAAGAGCUGCUCCUUCUUUAGGUGAAGAGGGUACGUGGUCUAAGCCCCAGUCCCGCCAGAGAAGACCCCUAAAAAAGAUGCCCCCACCUGCUACUUGAAGCACCGAAAACAGCUCAGAUUUGUUCUCAAAUAGAAAACGCAGGUAAUUUGAAGCAAUGGAGAACAUUCUUUUGAAUUCCGUAUAAGCCUACAAGAAACAUGGAGAAGCAACCUUGGAAGGCACCUAAUAGCUGUAAAGUUCUGAUACCCCCUCACUUGCCAUACUAAAGGGUGACAAACCUACCCUUGCGUAUAGUUCAGUAGUAAGCAAAUUAAAGUGGUGUCUUAUCCUUCAUUGGACUGAAGAACAUAUUUGCUCAAUCCAAUUUAAGAAACACUUA